GAGCCGGAGGCCAGAGAGCCCGACUGUGGCCGCUGCGGAUCCCGUGCCAGGGCCGGGGGAUGGUGUGGGGUUCCCCAGGGUAAAGGUAGCAGGAAUGCUCACAUUGGCGAGCAAACUGAAGAGGGAUGAGGGCGUUAAAGGAUCCCGUCCAUCCGGCCCAGCCUCGGACUCCACACGGAGAGUGUCUGUGAGGGACAAGCUGCUCGUUAAAGAGGUUGCAGAACUUGAAGCCAAUUUACCUUGUACGUGUAAAGUGAAUUUUCCUGAUCCAAACAAGCUUCACUACUUUCAGCUAACAGUCACCCCAGAUGAGGGUCACUACCAGGGUGGAAAAUUUCAGUUUGAGAUAGAAGUCCCCGAUGCUUACAACAUGGUGCCUCCCAAAGUAAAAUGUUUGACUAGAAUCUGGCACCCCAACAUCACAGAGACGGGCGAAAUAUGUCUCAGCUUGCUGAGAGAACAUUCAAUCGACGGCACUGGAUGGGCACCCACGAGAACAUUAAAGGAUGUCGUGUGGGGAUUAAACUCGUUAUUUACUGACCUUUUGAAUUUUGAUGAUCCUUUGAAUAUUGAAGCUGCAGAGCACCAUUUACGGGACAAGGAGGACUUCCGGAAUAAAGUUGAAGAUUACAUUAAGCGUUACGCCAGAUGAUGAUGGAUGGCAGCCCAUGAUUUCGCACCUCCAAGUUGUAUCUAUCA